AUGGUGAUUCAGGAUAGGCUUAGAAUGGCUCAGAGUAGACAUCAGAGUUAUGGGGAUCAUAAGUGUCAACCAUUGAGGUUUGCAGUUGGUGGAAAAGUAUUUCUCCGAGUAUCUCCCAUGAAGGGUGUGAUGAGAUUUGGGAGGCGAGGUAAGCUCUGCCCCUGGUAUAUAAGACUGUUUGAGAUUUUGAGGACAGUCGGAGAGGUUGCCUAUGAUUUAGUUGUACCUCCAGCACUAUCAUCUAUCCACCCAGUCUUUCAUGAUUCGAUGAUGCACCGGUCCAUUGGAGUCACUAUCCAGUUGAGGAGGCUACCUAAGAGACCAAGCAGGAGAUGCAGGAGCAGUUCCUCGGCUUAUUUGAGUUGUCAGGUCCGAGCACUAGUGGCUAGUGUUGAUUCGAGCUUGGAGCAGUUUGAUCCAAAGAUAGAGCUCCUUACAGCUAUUGGGGUUAUACCACAAGCCUCAAUCCUAGUUAUUGAUAUGCUAGCACUACAGGAUCAUCCUGUGCUGCCAGCACCUGAGGUUCAGCAAGCUACACCAGCCAUUACACCCUCGCCUGCAGUCUUAUAG